AACAGCACGUUCCAUCCAUCAGACAGGACCGUAGUAACACCAAAGAAGAAGAGCGUUUCACCGGAAACGUGUGUUGUCGUGUUCUGGAGUUCGGAGUGUUUGAUUCAGGGUGUUCGCGGGUCUGACAGCUCAACCUCAGUUUCAAACUAUAACUUCCACACAUGUCGUGUUGAACAUGUCGGACAGCAGACUCCUCGGUUUCCGGAGCUUUCUCACGGAGAGGUUCACCUCCGCGGCUGCAGAGGUGUUCGAAGAAGUGGAGUCCAUGAUGGUGGCUUAUCACGAAGAAAACAAACGUCUCAAGAACAUACUGCGCGUCGUACUCAGCCCCGAGAUUCAUCUGCAGAGGAUAGAUGUUGGUGAAUGCACCAGAGCAACCACAGAUGUCAGAGAGCAGCCACCCGAGCGGAGCAGUGAGGCGGACCAGGAAAUAUCUGAAACACCGGCCAAAAAACCCAAAGAAGAGCCGAUUGAGUGGGUGGUAGGUUUAGGAUCAGAACCAAAACAAGAGCCAGAAGGAGAUGACCGAGCAGUUGCCUCAGAAUAUGUGCAAAAAGAAGAACCAGCAGAAGACGGAAACACGUCAUACGUCACUGACACAUUCAGCAUUCAAGUGGAGAAGUACACCCCUGGCCCUUCGGAGACCGUCUCAGUUGAAGGCAUGAGUCUUAACGAUGAGCAAGCCUCCUCUUGGGACUCAGAUUUAUCACCAAUGCUCAGUAGUGAAGAAAGUGACAAUGAAAGUCAGGAAACUCAAAGAUAUAAUGUCACAUCAUCCAAGAUGAAGCCAGAGGAAGCCUUUCAGAAAACCAUGCUAGAAUUACCAAGGAUGAAGCCCCACAAACCAUUAAUCGCAUCAUCUGUCUCUAAGGCUUUUUUGGCAAGAAUCACUGAAGCCUUUAAGGAUUUUCCAAAUGACAAGAAGCCUUUGGUAACCACUAUGGGCGUCACGGCAGACGAGGUGGACUGUGCUUUUGGUAAUGUCCCGAAAUGUUGCCCCCUUUCCUACCAAUGCCCUGUACCAUCAAGUCAGGAUUUCAUGACUCAUAACAACGCCCCCCAUCGGCCGUCUCUUCCCCUGCCCCAUUACAGACUGGAUACAGUAUUGGAUCUUCCCACCCUCACUGCCCAGGAGCAGGAACAUAUUAAAGACAUGCAGCUCACCAGGGAGGCAGCACAUUUUCUGGAGUGCGCCACGCGUGAUAGUAAGGAGUCUGCAGAGGAGCGGUGCAAACUGCGCCUGACCAGCUGUUUUAGGGAUAUCUGCAGACUUGAACCAGGAAGGGAGCCGGCGGAGCUGCUGAUAUCGAAGAUGCGGAAUGGGCGCAAGCCUGCACGGAUUGAUAAGGACAUGAAGUCCCAAGCACUUCGCGAAUACUGUCGGCAUCUGCGUGUGAACUGGUACCCGUGCGGUUUGGUCGUUCACCCGAAUGCUCCAUGGUUGGGCGCGCUGCCUGAUGGGCUGGUGUACGACCCCAACGAGAGUCACAGUUUCGGGCUGGUGCACAUCAAAUAUAUUGGCUUGCAAAGCUUCGGUAUGUCUAAGUUUCUGGUCUGCCGGGACGGAGUGUUGACACUGAAUACAAGCCACCCGUACUUCUGGAACAUCCAAGGGGAGAUGAUGGUGACGGGUGUGUGGUGGUGUGAUUUGUUUGUUUUCUCCAGAAAUGAUAUACUGGUUCAACGCAUCUAUCGGCACAGAGUUACCAUCAAUAUCAUGACGAAGAAGUUACACAAUUUCUUUUUCCAUUACUACAUGCGAAGUCUGUUAUACACCGGUGAUAGAGUGUCUGUGGCAUCAUCAAACUGCUGAACACACAUGUUCCUCUCAGGUAUUGAGUUUUAACAGAUUGUCACAGGAUAGAUAAAACUGCUGAACAGAUUUUCACAAAACGUGCUAUAAGGAUAGGGCAUGGGUCAAGAGAGAACUCCUUAAAUUUUGCACUUAUCCAGAUAAAGGGUUGGAUCCAGGUAUUUUAAUUAGUUAGUUGAUGGAGCUUUUUCAACAUUUUCUCACAGAAUAAUUAAUCUAUCUUGAUGAAAACAAUUAGGCACAUUUAGGGGACUGAUAUCUAUGAGUGUGUUUAAUUGUUUGCAUCUUAUUUGAAUUAAAGGGGACUGGAAUGAACUCUACUGCAUACUGAUCUUUCUGAUUUGUUCUUUUGAAUAUGUUUUUGGUAACUUUGUGUUAUUGUCUGUGUGUUAUUCACAUGUAGAAGUAUGUGUUAUGGAUAAGGGAAGAACAUGUUACUUUUUGAUGUGAAGACGAAUUGGGAGAGAUCCAGGGAAUGUCUUUUCACUUUAACAUUGUUAGAUAGGACGUGUUCUUUUUUUGUGGGUGUUUUUUUAUCCCACUAAUUUCCUAGAAGAUUGUGGAUCUUGAUCAGACAUAUGGGUAACAAUGGGACUGUUGGACCUCAGGGGAGGUACAGUAUGUGCUCUACCAAGUGCCAUUUUUUUAAAUGCUGUAUUUUUGUGAUCAGUGUUAACAUGACCUUUUGUGCAGCACCAUCCUUGUUUAUAUGGGAUGACCAACUUCCUAUUUCUGUAACUUUUUGGCAAAUAUAUAUCUUGUCUGUA